AUGGUUUUGGAAGCUGGUUCAAAUCCAAUAGAAACAAUUAAACACCCUGGGGAAUUCGACACAAUGUUGAAAACAGUUUUAUAUCCUAAGGAUUUCGAUUCAGUCUCAGGUUGGAUAUCCGAUGUUAGUGAUGGAAGUGUUUUAAAAGAACCGGUAAGAAAUCUUGCAAAUGAUUCUGAUUUAGCUAGAGUGAGAGUUGUUGCAAGAAACACAAUAGAAAGAGUAGCACGAGCAGCUAAUCAUGGAUUCGAAAAACGAGUACUUCAGUAUAAUAAUGUUGUUGAGAAAAAUAGGUGGGGUAAUUACGUAAAUUGGAAAUUAUAUCCUUUAAUCGGUCUGUUGGAACACAGAAAGGUUUACAUAGGGUUACCAUAUAAAAUUCAUCUACAAAGAGAAAUCAACGAUGAUAAGAUAUUCUUUGGAGAGAAUGGUUCAGAUGCAAAAUUAGAAAUAACGAAUCUCCAACUUUUCAUACCCGUAAUAACACCAUCAAUUGAAGUAGAAACGAGAAUAUUCAACUCAUUAACUUAG